CGAGGCGACAAAAUAAUAUCACGUGAUCCAAAAUGGGCAGUCCUCUGACGGUGCUGAAAAAAAAGCCAUUUUCUGGCGCUGCUGCAAAUUCUGUCCAAGUCCAAAUAAUUUACCUGGAUCCUCGCUGGGAGGAGAGGGACUCUUUUAUGUCUUAAACAGAUCUGCCCAGAUGGAUAAAAUGCAGCCCAACCGGAUUAAAAUCACAGAUCUGAAUCCACAUCUCACAUGUCCACUGUGCGCUGGGUACUUAAUUGAUGCCACAACCAUCGUAGAGUGCCUGCACUCAUUUUGUAAAACUUGCAUCGUUGCCUUCCUGGAGACAAAUAAGUUCUGCCCGCGAUGUGACGUCCAGGUUCACAAGACAUGUCCACAGCUCAGUAUCAGAGCGGACAAAACUCUACAAGAUAUCGUAUAUAAGCUUGUUCCAGGGUUAUUCAAAGAUGAAAUGAAACGGAGGCGGGACUUCUACGCAGAGAAUCGUGUGCUGGAACCAGGGGAAGUGGUGGAGACGUUCAAUAUAGCAGAGGAUGAAAUCAUCAGUCUGUCCAUACAGUUCUAUGAGAGGAACAAAAAUAAUGAGAUGCAGCAUGCAGAGUUGGAAGGAGACAAGUCCAAUGGUAAACGCUUCCUGCAGUGCCCGGCAGCCAUGUCCGUCAUGCACUUAGCAAAGUUCCUCCGAAGCAAGAUGGAUAUUCCCAACACUUAUCGGGUGGAGGUGUUGUAUGGAGACGAGCCGUUGAAGGACUACUACACACUAAUGGAUAUUGCCUACUUUUAUGAGUGGAGACGGACCGGACCCAUCCCCUUGCAGUAUCUGGUCAAACCCAACCGAAAGCGCAGGAGGCUGUCUCAGUCUGCCGCCCAGGGCCACUCUGACGGCGUCAACACAAGCCCCACGUCCGAGAGCGACUCCCAGAGCGACAAGGUCCACAGUCCCGCUGCGGCCCAGCCCCCCAGAGCCUCCUCGCAGUCCAGCCCCGCGUCCCACAACCCCUCUUCUGCCAUCCAAAGCUCCAACGGUCCCACCGUGCCCAACAACACUCAGCGACACACGCCGGCCUCCAAACAGGGCGCCAACACUCGGAAGGUGACUGUCAACGGCACGAGCUCCGGGGCCGGCAAAGAGGAGGCGAGGGGAGGAGACAAAAGCGGUUUGCCUCCGACGACCUAACUUGUGUGCGGGGGGGGGCAGCGGGGGGGAGGACAGUGUUUGAAUUGCUCCCUUUUAUUAUUUCUACAGCCCAAACAGACGAGCUCCGGCAUGUCCUCCUUCUGGACACACAGGAGGCGGAUUACUGUCAUCACCUUUCAGCAGGAAAAAGACUGAAAAGUGUAGCCAAAUAGACACUUCUGUAUGUAUGUGCGUGUGUGUGUGUGCGCGUGUGUGUGCGUUUAUGUGUGUUAGACUAGAACAGUGCACACAUACAAACUGUACAGGAUGUAUCAAAUGUGAGCAUGUGUGCAUACAUAUGUAUAAACUUAUCUUUUAUACAAGAUAUUGUAAUCGUUUUGUAUUGUAUAUGCAGUGGGUCUGUUUCAUUUCAUCGCUCCAGCAGCAGCAACAUUAAGCUCGGUCAAAGGAAAGGCGUUGUUGCGGUGUACGUCACUGCAGGAGGUCCAUGUUAAGAAAAAAAGAAGCUCAUCCUUGUCUUUGAACAGUAAUGUUUAUAACUGCUGUAUAAGUGUCCAGUAUAUCCAAGCCCCUCAUCAGGUAACACAGGUACAUUACAUAUGACUAUUGAUGCACUUUGUUAAAGGUCAGAUCACACAAUCCCCAAAACCAGGAAGUAUUUUUCAACAGGAGGCGGAUUUUACAUGUUCAGAUUUCAAAGCACUACCACGCUCACAAAGCGAGACGUUUUGUCAACAGGACGCGUUUCUUUCUCUUGUGGCAGUCGAAGAACUCAAAAAAGGGAUUUGGAUAUUCGGCCAUGUAUGUUGUAGUCCCAUCAAGUUCAACAUUCCUUUUUUUGUUUCUUUCCAACAAACAAUGAUACAUUUUUUUUAUCAGCCAUAUGUGCAUGUUUUAGGUCAAUAAAAUGUUUACUUACUAGGUU